CACGAGUUCAAGCUGCAACGUUAUCAGGACGAGGCGGAACUUCGAAGUGGGUUUGGAAGCGUCGAUCCUCCGGUGUCCGACGAAGCGAGAGAUCACGGAACUUGGAGAAUCGUCUGCGUCAAGGAACUGUCUGUCCAUACAAUGGACAAACAUACUGCUGUACGUGCAUGUCCUGUUGUCUUGGAAUAUCAGCGUGCCAAUUUUCACGUGGAAGGAAGAACCGUUUAGCCAGGAUGUCUCCAGCUGUUCAGUCACGAACGAACACCUAGCGUGCUUCCCCGGGAGUUGGCCUUGCGUCGGGAAUGAGAAAUAGGAGCACUCUAUCCUUCGAAUACACGUUCCUUCGACCUCAUGCUACUCCAGGAGACGCGGUGCAGCAUCUGGCUAGUCGACUCGAACGUCGUUACAAGCAUCAGGAUGAACGGGAUAGCGACGACGAUGGUCAUCCUGCUGAUGGGCCUUCUUCAGGGUGGCGACGCUGAACUGUAUACGGCGCUUGCUGACAUGGAGGAACUUUUGGAAACCGAAUCGGUACUCAUAGACACACUUCAUGGAUACAUUCACGCCCAGGAGAAGCGUCUGGCCACGCUGAGGAGAAACGUGGAGGAUUAUGCUACGGAGCACAAGGAGGCUUCUCGAAAUAUUCAACAAUACCUCUCAAACCCGAUAAAUGCCUAUUUGCUGGUGAAACGUUUGACCACUGAUUGGAAACGCAUCGAAGAGUUGAUAACACAGGACGUAGGAAAAUCCUUUGUGGCUAACAUUACCAGCUCGAGAGGCGACCUGAAGUUCCCCACUGACGAGGAUCUCAAUGGUGCCGCGGUAGCUCUCAUGAGGCUUCAGGAUACCUACAAAUUGGAAACUGCCCAAGUGGCCAGGGGUGUACUCAACGGAGUUCAAUACAGCACAGGACUCUCUGCUGGGGACUGUUUCGAGCUUGGUCGACAGUCUUACAACAAUGGCGACUACUAUCAUACAGUGCUUUGGAUGCAGGAAGCCAUGGAUCGGCUUCAGGAAGAGCAAAACAGGACGACCACGACCAAGCCGGACAUCCUGGAGUAUCUAGCGUUCUCGACUUACAUGCAGGGUAACGUUGCGCGGGCUCUUAGUAUGACAAACGAGUUAUUGGAGCUGGUACCGACACAUCAGCGUGCACUGGGUAACCGCGCUUACUACCAAGAGGAAAUUCAGAAGAAGUCUAGUCAGACCAGGAGGAAACGGGGGGAGGAUGGACGCGACGACGUUCCUGCCAUUAAAGAUCAGCAAUUCACUGUUGCCGAGAAGAAGAUCAAAAGCUGGGUGGAAAUGACGGAGCGGGAGAGAUACGAGAUGCUUUGUAGGGGUGAACUAUCACUUUCCCCGGAAGUUCAGCGAAAUCUCAAGUGUCGCUACGUGGACCGCGGUAUACCGUUUCUGAAGAUUGCUCCGUUUAAGGAAGAGGAAGCUUAUCAUGAUCCUAGAAUAGUCAUUUAUCACGACGUCAUAUACGACGAUGAGAUUGAAGUUAUCAAGAGAUUAGCUCAGCCAAGGUUUAAGCGUGCCACAGUGCAGAAUUACAAAACUGGCGAGCUCGAGAUAGCAAACUAUAGAAUAAGCAAAAGUGCCUGGCUCCAAGAGCACGAGCACAAGUAUGUGAAAGCUGUCAGUAGAAGGGUUGAGCACAUGACAAGUAUGACAGUGGAUACUGCAGAGGAAUUACAAGUGGUCAAUUAUGGAAUAGGCGGUCACUACGAACCUCAUUUUGAUUUUGCACGAAGAGAGGAAGCCAAUGCUUUCAAGAGUCUCGGUACGGGAAAUCGCAUAGCUACAGUUCUCUACUACAUGAGCGACGUGGAACAGGGCGGCGGUACUGUAUUUACAGCAAUUAAUAUUUCCCUAUGGCCGAGGAAGGGUAGCGCUGCGUUCUGGUAUAAUCUCAAGCCAAACGGAGAGGGUGACUAUAAAACUAGACAUGCAGCAUGUCCGGUACUCACGGGUUCUAAGUGGGUGGCUAACAAAUGGCUGCACGAGAGGGGUCAAGAAUUCUUAAGACCUUGCACUCUAGAAAACCAACCUACAGAUACCGAUGACGGCCGAUAUUAAAUUUAUCACAUCCAUCGGUCCCUAAUGAGAAUGUCGUAGGGAAUUCAUCAUACUGGGACUUGGAUUCAAACGAAUACAUGCACGUUCGCGUGGACAUAGUUAUGCUCAAUCAGAUUGCAAGAGCUGACCGUCGAACGGCCAAGGGAAUACUCGACGAAUUGAUAUUGCUAGUGAUUAUGAGGAAGGUCGAACCUCUUGUAGAGUGUUAAAGAGAAAUAGAAAGGGAAGAAGUGAAGAGUAAUGGAGAAUAAAUGGAAGUGAAGCCAACGAAGAAGAAAUAAACGUUAGAUGGUUUUUUGCCGACGUGAUAUGUGUAAUCUUUGAGAGUGACUAGAAGAGGGGAGUGAAACGAAAUACAACUUCCAUUCGCGAAUGUUCGCGACCAUUCCACAUCGUUGUGCUUGGCGACACACUCGAUGGGCUGUAUGAUUUUGUAAAAUUGUUUAGAAACAAGAGCCCCUUUUUAUACAAGACUCUUAGACAAUACGCGAAUUAAGAAUUAAACGAAAUACUACGUAUGCGCUCAUAUAAUAUACCAUCCUAUCUCUACGUAUUAUGGAUCAUUAAAUUGCGUCAACCUGUCAUGAUCUAGCAUUCAAUUAUGACACGGUUCGAGAUACUUUAAAAUGACGACUACAGUGAUUCUUUUUAUCGUUGUAUACUUUUCGCGUUAGCUAUGCCAAAAUUAUUAUACGAUUAUCAUGAGUGGGCAUUUACUCGCGUCCCUGAUAAUUCAAUUAAGCAAUUUCACUUAGUGACAUUCACACAGGAUUUUCUUUAUCUCUCUAUCUUCUUACAUUUAUAAAGUCUUUCUACCAAUUUCCCUGAUAGUCGGUUAUACGAUGACCAUUCAGCGAGACGCGAGUGGAUCAUGGAAUAAAUAUUUAUAAUAUUCCAGGACGUUGUUACAACUUAUUGUUAUCAGCGCUACUUGCGUUAUCGAGUAUUUUAUUCUUAGAGAGUUUCGUAGGCGUCGUGACGACAAUUGCGAUCGAAACUUGUUCAAUCACUUAAUCGCGUAAAUAACGUACACGAAAUCAUUGUAAGUAUUUAAUAGGCAAUGUUAAUUUUUAAUUACUCUCGUAAUCACCUUGUUACUUCGUCCUAGUAUAUACUGUCGGUUAAUAAACGUGUUUUGACAUUAA